AUGACAUGGAAACAGAACAAGGAUCAGGAGAAUAGGAAAGUUAUAGCUCUUGGUGGAAAGCCUGCCAAGCAACACAGGUUGCCACUUAGUAUUGCAAGAGUAGCAAUGAAGAAACACAAGGAAAGAGAUCAGAAAAUGCAACUAGAGAUGAUAAAUUUUGUUAUUUAUUUUCUUGCCACAGAAUCUAAUACUUGGACGAUUUGGAGCAAUAAUGGGUCUAGAAAAGUUCAAGAUAAGCGCAAGUCUGGGGGAGACAAAAUUCUGACACAAGGUUAUUUCAAGAAGGGUAUUCUGGACGUGAAGCACAUGUUAAACCAACAUACUGUUCCAAGAGAAAAUGACCAAAACCCAGGUCCACUCAGGAAAGGAAAGACAAACAACAAUGCCAAUAAUAAUAAUAAGAACAAAGGCAAGAAAAAGCACCACUAA